GUUGAAACACAAGCAUUAAAGAAUAUGUUUACAAUUGAAGACAAUACUGGUCGUUUGUUGUGCAUUCAAUGGGGAGACGAGAACGAAUUGUCAAGAUAUCCAAAGUUGAUUGAAAACGCUUAUUUUAAAGUAGUUGGUAGUAAGAGAAUGCAAAAUGACAAAGUUACUUUGCUUUGUCAUAGUGUCAGACCUUUAGAAACUCUAAAUGAAUUAACACAUCAUUUAUUAAGCAUUAUUGCGUUACCAUAUAUAACCGAGGAAAUCAAUGUGGCUAGCGGUACACAACAAUCUACUGCAACAAAUCAAAAAGACUUUUUAAUGAGUGGUGAUAAUACUAAUGGAUUUAUGGAUACAACUAACAAUUUAUCGCUGAAUCCGAGGCAAUUAAAAGUUUAUACAGUAAUAAAGAGGUGCCAGGAUGAGGCAGGUUAUUCAGCAUUAGAUAUACAAAAGAUACUUCCAGAGAAAAUGCCAUUAUCAGAAAUAGAAAAAAUUCUUUCAUUUUUCAUCGAAGAGGGACAUAUUUUCUCAACCAUUGAUGAGAAUCAUUACAAAGUCACUGAUUUCGGAAGUUAACUGUUCAGUUUUAAGGUUUAUUUAAAAAAAAUUGGAAACUGGAAUAAGUUAUUAUUUAAGCACAAUAAUUUUAAUGUACAAUGUCACUAAUACAGUAAAGUUUUAUUACUAAAAAUAA